AAAAAAUACUUUGAUGAAUUAGUCCACAGCGAUAAAAUUGUGGUAUUUAUGAAAGGUGUACCAGAACAACCCAUGUGUGGUUUCAGCAACGCCGUGGUACAAAUCCUACGAAUGCAUGGAGUUGAUAACUAUACAUUCCACAACGUUUUAGACGAUCAACACAUCAGACAAGGAAUUAAAACUUACUCAGAUUGGCCAACUAUUCCACAGGUAUACAUGAAAGGAGAAUUUGUUGGUGGAUGCGAUAUUUUAUUACAAAUGCACCGUGAGGGAGAUCUAAUCGACAAAUUAAAUGAAAUUGGCGUUCGCUCGGCGCUUCUUGAU